AUGUCUACCCAUACGGUGUCAGAGGACCAACAUGAAGGCAUCGAGAACUCGGACAUUAACACGCCCGGUCCUAAAAUUAUCCAACCUCAUCCCCUCAAUUUCUCCCUGCCACUGUCUCCCGGUUGCUGCAUCUCGGCAUCCUCGACGACAGAAAUCGAUGUGAAAGGCGAUAUAUUAAACGGCAAUAAACAUCGAUCAUUCUAUUGGGUUCAGAUCUACGUCGACAACCAAGAAAUCAUCAAAUCGGAUAAAAUCAAGGCUCAUUCUGACAAGCUUUCGUGGCAAUGGGGUUCGGAUACCAAAAUCUAUUUCUCGCCUUCGUCGGUAGUCAGAAUUGAACUCUAUCGCGGGUUCAAAAGCAGCGCCAUGGACAAAUUCCGUCAAAUCCUUGUACACGUAGCACAAUUUGAGGAGCAAAUUGAGAAGUUGCUCGACAACAGCUCCGCAUUAUUCGAAUUGAAAGAUAAAAAGGAGCAAAGUGUUGCACAGAUCAAUAUGUCUCUUUUUCUAUCAGAGACACCGAAUGAGUUCAUCUCGGACUUCAUGAAGAAGGUUGACCGUGAUGUUACCAACCUGAAAGACAUUGAUGGCAUCAGCAAACUGGCAUUGUCAAUUCUUGGGCCUGUUCUUCAGAGUACAAAGACCUUGAUGGACACUGUUGCUGAUGCGCAUCCGAUACUCAAGAUAUCAUGGAAAUUUAUUUCAAAUAUCUACGAUGCGACACAAGAAACGGAGAUCCAGGACCAAUCAAUCCGAGAGUUGGCUGAAAAUUUACGCGAAAUGCUUGCUACUGCGAAUGAGAAACUCGACCUGCCAAAGAUACCCAACGCCGUCGACAUAAUCAAGCAAAUUGGACAGCAUUCCUUGCAGGUUGCAUCAAUAAUGCAUGAGUACACACAAUUGUCUUACAACAAAAGAACAUUGUUUUUAAGCACCGGUAAUCUGGGUAAACGGAUUAAAGAGUGCCAAAGUAAAUUACAAGCUCUCAACAAAAGGUUCUACGAGAGAGUACAGCUUGAGAUGAAUAAGGCUGUAAAAGAAAAUCAGGAUAUGAUAAAGGAUGUAAAGAAAGAGGUUACCAAGGUCAAGGACGACGCCCUAGAAAAAAAGAUUAUUGAGUGGCUAUGGCAUUCCGGCCCCCCACUCAACUUUUCCCAAAACUACAAUGAAGCUAAUAAGAAGCGUCAAGGAGAAACAUGUUCCUGGUUUCUUGAGGAUGAGAGAUUCGGACAAUGGUUACAUCACUCUGGCUUUAUAUGGGUCUAUGGAAAAGCGGGAUGCGGAAAGACAAUUCUAAUGUCCUUAAUUAUCAAGAAACUCCCGGACGCCAAUUCUUCAACUGGAAUUUGUUAUUUCUUCUUUGAUGCUCGAGACGGACAAACAGAUUUACAGUUACAUAUGAACUUUAUACGAUCUAUGAUUCACCAGCUAUGUGAUUUCCGCCAUGGAGGAAUUCCACAAGACUUGGUCAACCUUUACACAAAAUGUGGGUCUUCACAACCAUUGGAUGAACAAUUGGAAGAGACACUGCAAAGGAUCCUGGAGGGAUUUGAUGAUGUAUUUAUGGCCAUUGAUGCACUGGAUGAAUGCUCGGAUCGCCAAAGGACUCUUAAUUGGAUCCAAAAACUCCUGACCAAGUUCCAUGGGCAAACCAACAUUCAUCUGAUAAUCACAAGUCGACGAGAGACAGAUAUCAGCAACAUCUUUCACAAUUUCAGGGGUGACCACAUUGAUCUUGUUAACUCUGAAAACAAAGAUAUUGAGCAGUAUAUCACACAGAAAAUGAAAUCAGACAAUCUGCGGAAAUUUGAUGAACAGCAUCAAUUUGAGAUAAAGCAAAAAUUAUUGUCUUGUGCCGAUGGAUCAUACAUUGCACUUAUGCUAAAUGAAGUGGAAAAAUGUUCAAACCUGGCCAUGUUGAAGACAACAUUGACUGAGAUGCCAAAGGAUCUUGAUGAAAUAUAUGGACAAAUUCUGCGUAAAUGCGACUCCAAAAAGGCUUUGGAUCUUCAAAGAUUCCUUCAGUUCCUUUCAUUCUCUAUGAAGGAUGUAACACUUGAGACACUUGCUGAGAUCAUUACAAUUGAAUUCACUCCAGAAAAUGAACCAGCCUACAAUCCCAACAAACGAUAUUUCAAUCCUGCUGAUAUUCUUGACUUAUGUGGGGGACUAGUAGUAACAGUAAGAGAUGACAAAGCAGACAACCAGAACAAGGACUACAUCAAGCUGUCCCAUUUUUCAGUGAAGGAAUACCUCAUUUCUAGUCGAGUUCAAAGCACAUUUCAUCUGAUGGAGACCACUUCACAAAUUAAAAUCUCAAAAACAUUGUUAUUAUAUCUUUUGGAGACUUCUGCAGCCACCCUUAACAACAAGGAUCUUGACCCCUCUGCUUUUCCGCUCCAGUCCUAUGCUAUACAGUACUGGCAUUCCCAUGUUCAAUGCCAGGGUGUAGAUAAAGACAAUAUCAUAUGCAAGCUAGUUGUCCGUCUCUUAAGAUAUGCAGAUUCUAGAAAAUGGAAUGAUGACUUAAUUCCUGGCCCAUAUACCAUUAACAUGAAUACAGAAAAUGCCCAAGCUAGAACAAUUGUUUGGGCAUCAAGUCUAGGGCUUGUUGGUGUUGUGGAAUACCUGUUGAAUAACAUGGAUAAUAUAAGCUGGAUGGAAAAAUCCAUGAGGGUGAAAGGAAAGUAUGGUGCUGCCCUGCAGGAAGCAUCCUAUAUGGGCCAUAAUUUGGUGAUUAAAACACUCAUACAACAUGGUGCAGAUAUCAAUGUUGUGGGUGGCAAGUAUGCCACUGCACUUCAAGCAGCAUCCUAUAUGGGUUAUACAUGGUUGGUUAAAAUACUUCUACAAUAUAAUGCAGAUGUCAAUAUUGUGGGAGGCCAAUAUGGUACUGCCCUCCAGGCAGCAUCCUAUAUGGGUCAUAUAUUGGUGGUAGAAACCCUUCUGCAACAUGGUUCAGAUGUCAAUAUUGUGGGUGGCAUGUAUUAUACUGCACUCCAGGCAGCAUUAUAUAAUAAAAGAGUAUAUGUUGUUCAAGCACUCCUAAAAUAUAAUCCAUCAGACAUGCAUGUCAUUGUUGACAAUGCAACAUUCUGUAAUGCACUUCAGGCAGUAUCUUUUAUUGGUGAUAAUCUGUUGGUUAAAACCCUCCUGCAGCAUGGUGCUGCUGCCAAUAUUGUGGGAGGUGCAUAUGGUACUGCCCUCCAGGCAGCAUCUCGUAAGGGACAUAAAUUGGUGGUAGAAACCCUUCUGCAACAUGGUGCAGAUGUCAAUAUUGUGGGUGGCAUGUUUCAUACUGCACUCCAGGCAGCAUUAUAUGGAGAAAGUGAAUAUGUUGUUCAAGCACUUCUAAAAUACAGACCAGUAGACAUCCAUGUCAUUGUUCAAAAUGUCAGAUUCUGCAAUGCACUUCAGGCAGUAUCUUUUAUUGGUGAUAAUCUGUUGGUUGAAGCCCUCCUGCAGUAUGGUGCUGCUGCCAAUAUUGUGGGAGGUGAAUAUGGUACUGCCCUUCAGGCAGCAUCUUUUAUGGGACAUAAAUUGGUGGUAGAAACCCUUCUGCAACAUGGUGCAGAUGUCAAUAUUGUGGGUGGCAAGUAUGGCACUGCACUCCAAGCAGCAUCCUAUAUGGGUCAUACAUUGGUGGUUGAAACACUCCUACAAAAUAAUGCAGAUGUCAAUAUUGUGGGUGGCAUAUAUGGCACUGCGCUCCAGGCGGCCUCUCACGGAGGCCAACAUAGUAUUGUGGACCUCCUUUUGAGCAAUGGGGCAGACAUGAACACUUCUGCCGGUCGCUUUGACAAUGCUCUGCAGGCAGCAUGUUCCAAAGACCACGAAAAAGUCAUUCAAUUGCUCUUGAGCCAUGGUGCUAAAGUGACCUCACUGGACUAUCUGGAUUGUAUUGGAAAUCCUCACCUACAGAUAGAACUUCGUAUUGCUUAUUCCACACAUAAAGAAAGUACAUCAAACCCGCUUCAAACUAUGCCUGAAAACCCAGCGAUGAGGUAA